AUGGAUAUUCCCUCGCCAGAUACAAAUCCUAAUGGUCACAGGAGCAGUAGGAACCGAAGAGCUCCAAGGGCCUCUUUUUCUUCCACAACGACAGCUUCCACUGCAACAACAUUAACAUCCGCCACAGUCUUGGACCAAAACAACUCAGAACCGUAUGCAGGCGCGACAUUCGAAGCCGUGCCAAGUUCCAUCGUGUCAUUCCAUCAUCCACAUUCUUUCCAGUCAAGUAACCUCCCAAGUCCGCGUUUGUCGGGAAAUCUCGAACAAAGAGGCCGCCGGUUGACUGAGUCAGAUCCUCUAGUGUUAUCUUCUGCUGAACAGUCAAGAAGCUCUUCCAGGAAUCCCUCUCAUUUCAGAUUCUUUACACAAGAACAAAUAUUUAAUGCCGAAGGGUCCUCGACACUAGAAAAUACAGACUAUGACACGGUAUGGGAUGCAGCCCCUGCUUACGAACAAGAUAGAAUCUACGGCACUAGCUCGUCCUCUAGACGUUCUUCCAUGCGAAGUUUCUCCAGAACUUCGUCCAUGUCAAAUGCCAACUCCUACAGAGCUUUCAAUAGCAGAGGCCGUUCCGAUUCGAGAGCUCCGCAACGAUUAGCAGGAAAUCUGGAUGCCGGAUCUGUUUAUCAUUCCAUCACGAAUUCAUCUUCCAGCUUAUCRAGAUAUACCACGAGAGAGAGAAUCCCCAUUGAAUUAGAAAGCCAAACGGACGAAAUUUUAGAGGACGGAUCUUCCACACAUUCCUUCGAAUCCUCGAAUAGUAGACGAUCUUCAAGUGAGAACAAUAGAGGAAGUAUUUCUGGCCAUGACGAAGUCCAUAACCAGCAUAGCGAAUAUUUAAAACCUGAUCACCAUGAAAAGUUUUACCCUCAGUAUGUACCUAACCUUCAUUACCAAAGAUUUUACAUUGCGGAAGAGGACUUGGUAAUUGGUAUCGCCGCUUAUGAAACCUCCAAGUUUAGAAAUUUUAUCUACAACAUGUGCUGUCUCUUGUCCUUUGGGUUAGUUUACCUUUUGGUGAGAUGGCUUCCUCACCUUAGGGUGCGAUAUUAUGGUGUCAAGGUGCCAUUGGCCAAGGCAGAAUGGGUCGUGAUAGAAAAUGAAUUUGGUGAAUUUGCCAUACAACCGAUUGAUAGACAGUGGUAUAACAGACCAUUAAGUACUGUUCUGCCUUUCGAGAAAUACUCUAACCCGCUAGAGGAAACAAACGAAACGUCAUUCAGCCAUCAUCAUGCUAAUGAAGUUAACCCAAACAUACCGAUUUUGAUCACAUUUGAAUACAGAUAUAUCAAAUUCAUUUACUCACCACUAGACGAUCUAUUCAAAACAAAUAAUAACUGGACAGACCCCGACUGGGUGGAUUUAGGUACUUUAUCGAAUGGGUUGAGUAAGGGCGUCCAAGAAGACAGAGAGCUUGCAUUUGGUAAAAAUCAAAUUAAUCUAAGGAUGAAGACUACUUCAGAAAUUCUGUUCAACGAGGUGCUGCACCCAUUCUAUGUCUUUCAAGUGUUUUCUAUAAUUCUGUGGGGGAUAGACGAAUACUAUUAUUACGCAGCGUGUAUUUUUUUGAUUUCAGUAUUAUCUAUUUUUGAUUCAUUGAACGAACAAAAAAAGAUAUCAAAGAACCUGGCCGAAAUGUCGCACUUCCAUUGCGAUGUUCGUGUUUUGAGAGAUAAAUUUUGGACAACCAUCAGCUCUUCAGAAUUAGUUCCAGGUGAUAUAUAUGAGGUAUCGGAUCCAAAUAUAAAAAUUUUACCCUGCGAUUCUAUUUUGCUGUCUAGUGAUUGUAUAGUCAACGAGUCUAUGCUAACGGGUGAAUCUGUACCUGUUUCAAAGUUUCCCGCCACGCAAGAAACAAUGUAUCAAUUGUGCGAUGAUUUUCAAAAUACCCAAAUAUCGAGUUUCGUUUCCAAAUCGUUUCUAUAUAACGGUACGAAUAUAGUUAGAGCUAGGAUUGCCCCAGGCCAAACUGCCGCCUUGGCUAUGGCUGUAAGGACAGGCUUCUCAACAACAAAGGGAUCUCUGGUUAGAUCUAUGGUCUUCCCCAAACCGACUGGUUUCAAAUUUUACCAAGAUUCAUUCAAGUAUAUUGGAUUUAUGUCGCUGAUUGCCAUUUUUGGUUUUUGUGUUAGUUGUUUUCAGUUUAUUAAACUUGGUUUGGACAAGAAGACUAUGAUAUUAAGGGCUUUGGAUAUUAUAACAAUUGUUGUGCCACCAGCUCUGCCAGCAACCUUGACUAUUGGGACAAAUUUUGCUUUAAGCAGAUUAAAGGAGAAAGGUAUUUUUUGUAUUUCUCCUACGAAAGUUAAUAUAGGUGGUAAAAUCGAUGUUAUGUGUUUCGACAAAACUGGGACACUAACAGAAGAUGGCCUAGAUGUAUUGGGGGUUCAAAUAUCGCAACCAGCAGGGGUAAGAGGUCACAAAUUUGGAGAAUUAUUAGACGAUGUUCGCCAAGUAUUUCCCAAAUUCUCUUUGAACGACUGUAAUUCUCCACUAGACUUCAAAUCCAGAAACUUUUUCAUGUCACUACUAACAUGUCAUUCACUGAGAUCUGUCGAUGGGAACCUGCUUGGUGAUCCGUUGGACUUUAAAAUGUUCCAAUUCACAGGCUGGUCGUAUGAAGAGAAUUUUCAAAAACAAACAUUCCAUUCGUUGUAUGAAGGAAGACAUGAAGGUGAUGUUUUCCCAGAAAACUCAGAUAUUAUCCCUGCGGUAGUCCACCCUGAUGGCAGUAACCCAGAAAAUACGUUUACUGAUAAUGAUCCCCACAAUUUCCUUGGAGUAGUGAGAAGCUUCGAAUUUUUGUCCGAAUUGAGACGUAUGAGUGUUAUUGUUAAACCAAAUAACGAAGACGUGUAUUGGUCAUUCACUAAAGGUGCACCGGAAGUAAUUUCUGAAAUAUGUAACAAAUCAACUCUACCGGCCGACUUUGAGGAUGUAUUGCGUAGCUAUACUCACAACGGGUAUAGAGUUAUUGCAUGUGCUGGAAAGACUUUAUCGAAAAGGACCUGGCUGUACUCUCAGAAAGUUUCCAGGGAGGAGGUCGAAUCAAAUCUGGAAUUUUUAGGAUUCAUCAUCUUCCAAAAUAAAUUGAAAAAGGAAUCAUCAGAAACUCUAAAAAGUCUGCGAGAUGCAGACAUUAGAACGAUAAUGUGUACCGGUGAUAACAUACUAACCGCAAUUUCUGUCGGUAGAGAAGCGGGUUUGAUACAAUGUCCGCACGUUUACGUUCCAUCUAUAAAUGAUACACCCUUACCUGGUGAAACUGUAAUAAUAUGGAGAGACGUUAAUGAACCAGAUAAUAUUUUGGAUACAAUGACUUUGAAACCCGUUAAAGUGGGAAAUAACCACAUUGAGACUUUAUCUAGAAAUGAUUAUACUUUAGCGGUUACUGGCGAUGUCUUUAGAUUGCUGUUCAGAGAUGAAAACGAUAUACCUGAAGAGUAUUUAAACGAAGUUCUGUUGAAGUCGUCCAUUUAUGCAAGAAUGUCGCCGGAUGAAAAACAUGAAUUGAUGAUACAACUGCAAAACCUAGACUAUACCGUUGGAUUUUGUGGUGAUGGUGCAAACGAUUGUGGUGCCUUGAAAGCAGCAGACGUAGGUAUUUCCCUUUCAGAAGCCGAGGCGUCAGUUGCUGCUCCGUUUACUUCAAAAGUAUUCAAUAUCAGUUGUGUACUUGAUGUUAUCAGAGAGGGGCGUGCUGCGUUAGUCACUUCCUUUGCUUGCUUCCAAUACAUGAGUUUGUAUUCAGCCAUCCAGUUUGUCACGAUUACAAUACUUUACAGCCGUGGUUCCAAUUUGGGUGAUUUCCAGUUUUUGUACAUUGAUUUACUAUUAAUUAUUCCGAUUGCAAUUUGCAUGUCUUGGUCCAAAUCCUAUGAUAAAAUAGCUAAGAAAAGACCCUCAGCUAACUUAAUUUCUCCGAAGAUCCUCGUUCCUCUUUUGAUCAGUAUAUUGAUAGUGUUUUUAUUCCAAUUAAUUCCAUGGUUAAUCGUACAAAAAAUGAGCUGGUACAUUAAGCCCGUUGUCGGAGGUGACGAUGCUGUAGAGUCCUCAGAUAACACUGUUUUGUUCUUUGUCUCGAAUUUUCAAUACAUUUUGACCGCUGUAAUCUUAUCCGUUGGUCCACCAUAUAGGGAACCAAUGUCAAAGAAUUUUGAAUUUAUUGUAGAUAUUGUAGCCUCUAUUUGUGUGAGUAUGUUAUUAAUGAGUUUGAAUCCGGAAUCGUACUUUGGUAAGAAAUUACAACUCACCCCAAUAUCAAACAAUUUCAAUAUGUUUAUUAUUGUCUGGGCGAUGAUAAAUUAUUACGCUCAACUAUAUAUACCCCCAUCGGUGAAAGGUUGGUUAAAGAAAAGAAAAAGUAGCAAAAAGUACAAACUAUUAAUACAAGAGCAGGAAAAAUUAACAGACGUUUAA